AUGACCUCAGCUGUUCCUCAUAGGCCUUGGGUUCCAGACUUCCUAAUAACUUUUGACUUCGCUGUACCCUUUUUAGAGGACCUGGUUCCCAGCCUCCAGUUUUUAUUAAUCAGCAAAAGGCAAGCUCUGUCUUGCACCGAUACAGAAGAUAUAAUACUGGACAACUUGAAGAGCUUCGUCAAGGGAAUCUUGAACGAGAAUGCCUUGAGGAAAUAUGCAAUUUUGAAGAAGCCCGAGAAGUAUGUUUGCUCAAUAAACAAUGGAGGUUGCGAGCAGAUUUGUAGAGAUGGGCAAAGAGGAAGGCCCGAUUGUUCCUGUGUUGAUGGAUACAAUCUGUCAGAGGAUCAGAAGACCUGCGAACGAUCAGGACCCUUUUCUUGUGGAACGAUUACAUUUCCAGAAGCCAUAACACCCAGUGUCUCACCGUACCAGAGCUACGUCAACAAUACCAAAAGCCACCAAGAGAAGACAAACAUUGCUCAGACUAUUCUCCAGAGAAUUCCUACUCAAGACUUGAAUCAGUUUAACAGCUGGAAAGGAGAAGUCCCAUGGCAGGUUUAUAUGUUCAGCUUCAAGGGAAAAGGAUUUUGCGAAGGGGUGCUGAUUAGUGAUAAGUGGGUCAUCACAGCAGCACAUUGCCUUGACUAUAACCCUCACACAAUCAUGGCAGGAGAAUACAACACCGGCGUUUUUGAGCACUCUGAACAGCUCCGUCAAGUCCUGAGGGCGGUCCAGCAUCCUAGCUACAAUGCUACCACAUUUGAAAAUGAUCUAGCUCUUCUGGAGCUAAACAUACCAUUGGUCCUGAACAAAUACGUCACCCCAAUUUGCAUCGGGAACCAGGUGCUCACGGAGUACCUCCUGAAGCAUGGAAGAAGCACCCUGAGCGGCUGGUGGCAGUUCGACUAUUUACAGAAGGUCUCAAAUAUCCUUCAACGUGCAGACAUCCAAUACGUUGAUCAGGUCAAAUGUCUGCAGACGAACGAGAGCCAACUUUUGCCCAAUACUUUCUGUGCAGGCCAUCCUACCUUUGUUAAAAGGGUCUAUCAUGGCAACAGUGGAGCUCCGUUUGCUACAGAUAGGAAUAACACGUGGUUUCUAACGGGCAUAGCAACUUGUGGAGCGGAGUGUACCGGGGAUGAACCAUACAGUAUCUUCACUUCGGUAGCAAAGUAUAUUGAGUGGAUAAACAAUGUGAUAAGAGGGGAGCAAUGA